UCUGCUUUCAACCGACCACCACGCCGCCUCUUCCCCAACAAAAAGCGGCCAUGGCCGUGGAGCUCAUGAUGAGCUACGGAAACAGCAGCUUCGCUUCGCAAUCGGAAGAAACCGCCGCUGCGGAAGCCGCUUCCGGCCUCCAGAGCGUCGAGAAGCUCAUCCGAUUCUUCUCUUCCGCUCAGAAGCCGGCGGAGGAUUACGCGGCGGUGGCGGAUGCGGCGGUGAGUAAAUUCAAGAGAGCGAUAUCUCUCCUCGGCGGCGUAUGCCCUUCACCGAACUCUGGCGAGGAUCGCGGCGGCUAUUCGAAGAUCUACUGCCCCACUCCGAUUCAGCAGGUUCCGCCGCCCGAUUACCUUCACAAUGCGGCGGAGGAUUCCAAAACCAUCAGCUUCUCUUACUCCCACGAAAGCUCCUUCAUCAAUUCGCCGCCUUCCGCUGCCGCGUUCCAUGUAAUCGGAACCAAGCCGCCCCUUUCUUCUUCCUGUGCUUCGUCUGGAAACGGCAUCUCCGGCAAGUGCGGCGGCCGCCGCGUGGACCGGUCGUCUCCGGCUGGGCAGAAUGGAGGCAGCGGGCGUGAGGGGGAGGCGGCUGGUGUGGUUUGGGGAGAAUUAAAAGCAGCCUAG